GUUAGACUAUACCUUAGUUUGUUGAAUCUCGAUAGUAAAGGGACGAUCCUCCCACCACACACUUCUAUCGACGUGCUUAUCAUGGAGCAAGAGAUCCUCCAUUUGCUGGGUGAGACUUUGUCCGCACAGGAGGGACCUAGAAGGAACGCCGAAGCUCAGAUAAAUAAUUUAUACGGGAAUGACGCGCUUCCCCUGGCUUUGAUCCAAGUUGCGUCCACCGCUCACCUUAAUAUAACUGUCCGUCAAUCAGCCUUGCUGGUCCUGAAGAGAUAUGUCCAGCAUUGUUGGAGUGAUGGGUUCGAAGAAUUUACGGGACCAUUAGCGGGCGAUGGGAUUAAAGACCGAUUGAGGGACCCUCUUCUUGGCUUAGUUACGGACGAGCAGAGGAAGAUUAGGUUUGCUGCCUCGUCGAUUGUUAGCAAAAUUGCUGGUGCAGAUUUCCCCGAACGCUGGCCGAAUCUCCUACAGGGUCUACUGAAUGUUAUCAAUACGAAGACCAGUACCGAACACCAGGUACAUGGUGCCUUGCGUGUGCUCGCCGACUUGGUCGAUGAUGGGUUUAGCGAUGAGCAAUUUUUUGCGGCAGCAGUGCAGAUAGUUGCUGUAGCCUAUGGCGUGGCUGAUAGCGAGGAUAGGGAUUAUACCAUCCGGGCGCUUUCGGUGCUCAUCUUUUAUUCAUGCAUGGAAACUCUCGAGAUGGUGAAGGAUGAUCAUUCGGUAGAAGUCAAUGCAUUCGCCAUGGAUAGGUUGAACGAGUGGUUUCCAUUUUUCAUCCGUGUAAUGAGCAAACCACUCCCGGAUAGCACUGAUCCCACCUAUGAGGGCUGUGUGACACUAAAUAUCCAAGUGAUUCGGACUGUUAUGCAAGUCCGGAAAGUGUUCCCAUCACUAUUCGCCCCAUAUCUUCGCGAAGUUUUCCGAGUGACAUGGAGCGGCUUGAAUAUGGUUAAAGAUCGAUAUGUCCAUGAUUUCAUCACCAAAGAUUCUCAGGGAAAGCUUAUCAACAGUGACGGGCUGCCUCGCACUCUCGACCUGCUUGUUUUAGAGCAACUGGAUUUCAUUCAAACUUGCUUGAAGAGCAAGCCACUGAGAGAUGAGCUACUACAGGCAAGCAGGGGCGCUGGGGUUGAUGCCCCCUUGACACAAAUGGUGAUGGCUACUAUGGCUUUAGGCCAAGUCGCAAAGGAGGAUGAAGGCUUGUGGGAAGUAGAUUUGAAUAUCUUUUUGUGCGAGGAGAGCGCAAUUUCUGCCAACUAUACGCCAAGGACUGCCUCAGGGGACCUAAUUCUUAAACUUGGAGAAUGGUUCCAGACUGAGACUGAAGAAGCUUUGUGGGCUCACACGGAGCAGAUUUUUGACUCAGGAGUAGGAAGCUGUCAGAUGAAGGAAGCGGCUUUGUUUGCUUGGGAUCAGUUGUUGACUGAAUUCGCUGAGAUUGGUCUUAAGAUCAACUCUGGUACUGCCGCAAAUUUGCUGAGUUAUGUAGCUGCCGCGAUCAGUACUGAGGGCGAAGAAAAUCAACUCCUUCGUGCGAGAGGCUACUUCCUAGCAGGCACACUUACAAAGUCGAACUUCGAAACUGUGGGUUUACAGGUCGCAGAACUUAUUACGCAAACAUUGCGUGGUGCAUCGAAUGAUCCCUCGAGUAUUGUAAAAAUAUCUUGUAUCAAAGUUUUCCAAAAGUAUUGUGAGACUGCUCCUUCGGAGAUAGUGAAACCGUGUCAACCUGAGAUCAUAUCGGCUAUCCGUUCCUUCCUUGCAACAAAGGAGAAGGAUGAUGCCGAAGAUAGUCAAGAUGUCCUGGGAGAGUUGCUCGAGACCAUGCGUGUUGCUGUUGGACUGGACUAUUCGGCUGUGUUGAACCCGAAUCUCCAGAUUAUAGACUUGGUUUUUGCUAUCGCACAGAAUGGUCCCCGUAGUCCUCACCUGGGCAGCUUGAUUCACGAGAUAAUCGCAGAUGUGACCGAGGAAUUGUUUAGCUCUUUUGUGCGGUUAUGCAGCCAAAUUCUGCCUCUUAUAUCAACAUCUUUGGCUAUACAACCAGAUGGGAAGGAACAUCCCCUUAUGAAUCUUGCUGCAGAUAUUCUCGCUGUUUUGGUUCACAAUGGUUCGGAACCUCUCCCUAAUGGGUUUGUUGUAGCAACUGUACCACACCUUGCAAGGAUUCUCCUCCAUAGUGAGGACACCGAAGUGCUGCAAGCUGGAUGUGAGGCUUUCAAGGAGAUCGUCAAGCAUGACAUCAAGCAGUUCCUCGAAUGGCAUGACGGGAAUGGGAAAUCUGCGCUCGAGGUUUCCCUCAUUAUAAUCGACAGAUUGCUGAGGCCAGAAAUUGCCGAGGGUUCUGCUCUUGAAGUUGGAGGACUGGCAGCGGAGAUCGUGGAAAAGGCUGGUGAUCAUCUUGGUCCAUAUCUUCCCGAGUUACUUGGCGCGGUUGCACGCCGUCUAGCUACUGCGAAAACCCCAUCUUUCAUCCAGAGCUUGAUUUUAGUAUUUGCACGUCUCGUUCUUAAGCAAGCAAAAGAUGUGGUGGAAUUCCUCGCAGGGCUCUCCAUUGGAGAUAGCAACGGGCUGCAGGUCGUCAUCAAUGCAUGGCUCGCCAAUUCCAGUAUCUUUAGUGGAUAUGAAGAGAUUCGCCAAAAUGUUUUCGCCUUGUGCCAACUUUACCGGUUGGAGGACCCAAGGCUCUCACAGAUUAUGGUUCAGGGUGAUUUGAUCGUACCGGAGAGCAAUCGUAUUAUGACCAGAUCAAAGGCCAAACAAACACCUGAUCAGUACACUAGCGUCCCGGUGCCCGUCAAAAUCAUCAAACUCUUGAUACUAGAAUUAGGAUCGGGAGGUGGCGAUCCUGGUGCUUCUUUCAGCGGAGGCGCGCUUGACGAUGAGGAAGUUAGCGAUGAUGGCGACUGGGAGGAUGAGCCGUCCGUGCUGGGGAUGGCUGGGAUGACGAGGGAGGAGUUGCUCGCUCUGGGUGGCUCUGGGCGCCAGUCAAGGCAAGCGGACGAUAUUACUUAUACAUACUUGAUCGGUUUCUUCCAUGAGGUAUCCACUCAAAACAUUGGAGGCUUUCAGAAUGUAUUCUCUGCCUUGAAACCCGAAGAGCAGAAGCAGUUGUCUCAGUUGGGUUCGCCCCAAAGACAAUAAUUCCCCUCCAGAUUAAUCCCUAGGUCGGCGUCUUUGUUCUGUACAUUGGGCGCAUACGCCUAUAGAAUGGUUGAAUAAACUGGAAAUAAUCCAU